GUUAGAAGUGUGCUUGCGAUUGGAGGUCGGAAUUCGGAAGAGUUUGACUCGUCGGUCGUUUUGGUUCGAUUUUUCCGCUGCGCGAAUCCGGUGGUCGUGACCCGUACCGGAACGGUUACCGUGCGGAUUUGAAAGUGCACAGAACAAGUGAAUGCCCGUUUGCCGUCCGCCGCCGGAGUGAUUUUGGUUUUUGGGGAAAAAGCCGCAGCAGAAUCAUCAAUUUUGGCUGAUCAGACCGUAGGAGAAAAAUAAGGAUGGAGGACAAGGCGACACUCAAAGAUUUGGACCAGUGGAUCGAACAAUUGAACGAGUGCAAACAAUUGACCGAAACCCAAGUGAAAACUCUGUGUGAUAAGGCGAAAGAAAUUUUGGCAAAGGAGUCAAAUGUACAGGAGGUAAAAUGUCCGGUGACAGUGUGUGGCGAUGUGCACGGUCAGUUCCACGAUCUAAUGGAGCUUUUCCGGAUAGGCGGACGAUCGCCGGACACCAAUUAUCUGUUCAUGGGUGAUUACGUUGACCGUGGCUACUAUUCAGUCGAAACAGUAACGCUCCUGGUGGCGCUAAAGGUUCGAUACCGUGAGAGAAUCACAAUCCUGCGCGGUAAUCACGAAUCCCGCCAGAUCACACAGGUGUACGGCUUCUACGACGAGUGCUUACGAAAGUAUGGCAACCCGAAUGUCUGGAAGUAUUUCACCGACCUGUUUGACUAUCUCCCGCUGACGGCCCUGGUCGACGGUCAGAUCUUCUGUCUGCAUGGUGGUCUCAGUCCCUCGAUUGAUACGUUGGACCACAUCCGAGCGCUGGACAGAUUGCAGGAAGUACCACACGAGGGACCCAUGUGCGAUCUGCUGUGGUCCGAUCCCGACGACCGGGGCGGUUGGGGCAUUUCGCCACGAGGUGCUGGAUACACCUUCGGACAGGACAUUUCGGAGCUUUUCAAUCACUCAAACGGUCUGACGUUAGUAUCUCGGGCACAUCAGCUUGUUAUGGAAGGUUACAACUGGUGCCACGAUCGUAAUGUUGUUACAAUAUUCUCUGCACCAAACUACUGUUAUCGAUGCGGUAACCAGGCAGCAUUAAUGGAAUUAGACGAUUCUUUGAAGUUUUCAUUCCUACAGUUUGAUCCAGCUCCACGUCGCGGUGAGCCUCACGUGACCAGAAGAACACCGGACUAUUUCCUUUAAGAAUAUCAUUAUAACGAAUAUUGUAAUACACACUACAAAUUAAACAAAAAAAUAAUAUACCUAAUAAUAAAAAUAUAAAUAAUAAUUAUAAGCAUAUAUUAUUAUUUAAUACAAAAAAAAGGAUAAAAGUCGUAAAAAGUUGGUUAGGUAACUUGCAAGAAAAAAGUAAAAGAGACGCGUAAACCGUAUUACACGAAUGAACUUACUUAAGAUCAUGAAACAGAGUGGAAAGAGAAACAUUGCAAGUUUAAACAAUUUGAUGAACAGACAAAAACUAAGCCUGAAAGAAAUUUCACCUCACAUUUGCUACUUACAAGCUAUAAUUCGGAGCCAACACACAGAAAAAAAUCGGAGCCAACACACAGAAACAUUCAUUCUCAUGGAGAAUAUUAGAUAAACAAUUUGCUAGGAGAAACUGCGAAGAAAGGGGAAAAUAAGAGCAUAUACUCAUUCACGAAACGUCAAUCCACACAUUACAUGAAACAAAGAGAAAACUGAAGCUUAGGUACGUUCACCCCCUUCUCCCCCGAUUCCUGAUUAGAAGAUCAUUCUGUCUUUUUGCCAUAAUAAUGAUAUAUAGCUAGAAAUUCGCGUUAGUAGAGGCCCAUAUCGACAGCGUACAUCCAUUUCCCCGUUCCUAGUUUUCGUACCUAACACCACCCAACACCUGCACUGUUAGUCCGUUCAAUUACCGUGAAGCAUAAAGCAUGUAACUCCACAGCGGAGAUGAGAGAGAUACAGGACGACGAGGAUAUAGGCAUCUUUUUUUCAUUCGGAACAAACGCUUUAUGUCACUAUUAUUGUUCAAUGCAGAUGCGAGAUAAUAAAGUGUAUAAAAAUUUGGAA